CAGUUCCUCUUUCAGUAAGAUGUUCCCCUUUGCCGUAAAUGAGAAGUAGUAAUGCCUCUGCAUUUGCAGUACGCAAACACACUUAGUAGAAGAGCUGGACGGUGCCACAGACAAGAGUUACUGGGGCAGAAGGACAGCCCAGUCCUGAGACUGAGAGCAGCAUCCCAGGUCAGAAGCUGUGAGCCCCAGUGGAGAUCUUCACCUGUGGAAUAUCCGAACUUCAAAACCGAGUGCAGACGGCCGAGUUGAGCAGCCCCUCAACAUGAGAUUGCCUUCCAAAAUCCUCUUUCUUGGAUGGUGGCUGACCAGGCAGUGGUGGACAACUAUGGGGCAACAUGCUGAUCUUCCUGUCCCUUCCAUCUCUGUGACUCCCAGUAGGGUGGUUGCUCCAGGGGAAAAUGUUUCCAUCCACUGUAAGGUGAAGGAGAAUUUAGGUGGAUGCCUCUAUCUUACCAGAGCUGAGUAUACAAAUCAGAAGACUGUAGACAUCAAGGAGGAAAAACAUUUUGAAGAACCAUUUUUGAUUGCCAAUGUCAGGCAAUCUAAUGCGGGGAUCUACUGGUGUAGAUAUUGUACCUGUGGUCCCUCCAGCUGCUCCGAUUUCAGUGAGGCAGCCUAUGUCAACAUCACAGAUCCUGACCUGGACAAACCCUCAUUGAUAAUGACAUCAAGUGGACAGAACAGUCCCGGUGGGAACGUCACCCUAAAGUGCCAGGGGCCGGAAGAAGGACUGGCCUUUGCCCUUCUGAAAUCGGGCAGCCAGAUAGCAUUUCAGGCAGCAGAAGCAAGAAGAGACACAGCCGAGUUCCUUCUCUGGAUGCUGAGCCUGAAGGACGCAGCAAGCUACACCUGCCAGUAUCACCACACAAGCAAUUCCUUUGUCUGGUCAGAGCCAAGCAGCCCUGUGGAGUUGGAUUUUAGAGCUAAGAGGGAAGAUGGGGGACACACUGAAGACGACCAGCAAAGAAAAGCCAAAUUCAUGAUCAUCAUUUGGGCAUGCAGUGCUGCAGGGCUUCUUCUUCUGGGAUUUCUCUUACUGUUUGUCUUUGUAUUGUACAGAAGAAGGAAAAAGAGGUCCUUGGCCAAGAAAGAAGACCGGCCAGCCAGCAUGUCCCUAGAAACUUAUGCUGGAAAGGACGCAGAUGACAUCGCCUAUGCUGAAUUGAACCACCAGCCGCUGAAAGCCAAGCCUGCAGCCAUUCCUGUCACAGCCCAGGAGUCUUGUGUCUAUGCUCCUGUGGUGAAAAGCGGAACCAGGAAGGGCCAGUAGGAAGGGUUUUUUCAGAACUGUGGGAGUGUGCGCCUCUGAGCUUCAUGGUUCAUGCAUGGAAGCCUUACUCGUUUCUGCCAGGGCACAGGCAUGCUGGGAGUUGUGGGCAUUCUCCUCUGCCGGAAAAUGGGUAGGAUUGCAUCUUAGGAAAUUAUAAUGUAACUUUCCCUUUUUAUUUUUGGGCAGAAAGAAUGCAUGCUUUAGGUUAGGUUCUAAACAGCAUUCAAAGUAGGAAACAUGGGAACUAGAGGCUUGGCUCAUUUCCCCAGAGGUACUGACACUACGCAUUUUUACUGGCACUGUAAUGCCUGACUCCUCGGUGUGUUGCAGAAUGCUCCACCCAAGCCAUCCUUCUCAUUCCAUGUCUGCUAUGUUGGCAUGGAUCUUGUCAGCCAACUUGCCUCACAAUUUUUUAACAGGCUGCGGUUUUUCCCUGAUAUAUCUUAUUACCAUGUACUAAACUUCCAGUCCCAUUCCUGGGGUAGGAGGAUUGGCUUUAGUGGGCUGGAGUUGGUGGGGACAAGGCCUGGGGAAGAAGAUCUUUUCUGCUUCCCUUACCUCCCCUGCCCACCCUCACGCUCUCUCUCUCUCUCUGACAGUGAACUGGAGAACAGAUGCAAUGCCCCCCCCCCCCACCUCCCUUCCUCUUUGAAAAAAUAAAGUUCUCAGUGUCUUUUCAGGCCUCCAAAUGCAUGUCAACUAACUUGACUGGCCUUACUCACAAGUGAAUUGCAUGGCCCUCAAUGGCAUUAGCUCAUGGGAAAGUUUGUCCAGGAGAGAGGCUGCACUUGCUUUCUGGGACUUGCUUUUGGGUGGAGGGCAAUGGGGUGCUGAGCCCACCGGGAGGAAGCAGAAAGUAGGACUAGCUCUGCUCCUUCUCUGUGGCUUAUUGUGAGGGAACAAGAGGAGCUGCCAAUGUUGCUUUUCUCUAUUAAAAAAGGUCUCCAAUCCUUUGCUCUUA